GCGGGCAGCGGUACCUGCGGGCUGGGGACUACAGAGGUGGUGGUGGUGGGUGGUGGGGGAAAGACACGUGGUCAGGGCGGGCCCCGCCGCUGUCACGUGAUGUUUGGGUGCCGGCGGCGCGGCGCAGCUUCGAGGUGGUGGCGGAGACAACACUGCUAAGACAGCCUUGGCUCCGUUGGGCUAUUGCUGCCUAGUGCUGAACAAGUGGCUCCGCAACACAAAGGCUAUUGUGGGUUUGAAGUAUAAUCCUGCACCUUGCUAUCUAGAAAAUGUCUUAUGGAUCCAUUGAUGGGAGUGGAUUUGGGAGCAGGAAUCCAUUUGGAGGCCCUUCAAGACAAGGCUAUCAACCUCUUGCCACCCAGAUUGAUCCCAGCGAGCUACAGGAACUUUUUCAAGAGACUUCAGCCAACGUCUUCCGAAUCAACUCCAAUGUGACCUCUCUGGAAAGAAGCCUUCGAUCUCUGGGGACCUCAAACGACACUCAAGAGCUGCAGGAUGGACUGCAUGCAACCCAGCAGGAGACUAAUAAAACCAUCACGACUAGCACCAAAGCCAUCAAGCAGCUGUCUGAGGUUGUCAGAGGCUCAUCCAGGCAAGAACAACUUCAGCUGGAUAGGCUGAAGAACCAGCUGUCAGAUGCCAUCAAGAGAUACGGAGCUGUGCAGAAGAAAAUAGCAGAGAAAUCCAAAGCUUUGCUUCCUACUGGGCCAAGAAGCACCAAACAGCAGAGCCCUAGGACCCCCUUCUCUGACCUCCGUGAUGACGAGAAGAUCUUUAAUGGAGGAGAAGGCAUGUGGCAGAACCAGAGCCAGGACAAAGCCUUGCUCUCAGAAAUCACAGAGGAGGAUCUGGAGGCAAUCCGCCAGCGAGAAGAGGCCGUUCAGCAGAUUGAGAGUGACAUGUUGGAUGUGAACCAGAUCAUUAAGGACCUGGCCUCCAUGGUGCAUGAGCAAGGAGACACAAUAGAUAGCAUUGAAGCCAACAUUGAGACUGCAUCUUCUAAUGUAGAAUCAGCAAACGAGCAGUUGGCAAAAGCCAGUCAACACCAACUACGAGCCAGGAAGAUGAAGUGCUGCCUUCUCUCUGUUGCUUUGGCUGUUCUGCUGUUCAUCGUCAUAAUCAUCGCAGUCUCAGUCAAGGGUUGAUCUGGCUACAGUUUCCACAGAGCCUGUGAUCACCCUGAGAAGUGGAAUGGAUUCUCAAGGCGUUUCAGAUUCAGACCCUACGUCAAUGCCUGCUUUACCGACCACAUUAUAAUAAAACUGCUAUAGCCAACACACACUAAUUGUAUGAAAGAAAAGCUAAGUUUUCUACUAUGUGUUAGUAUAAUUGUGAAUAUUUUUUCUUUAUUUUUUACCCUUUCACUGCAGAGAUGUUUUACCUUAUGUUACAGAUUUUAAUUAUGUCCCCUAUGUAUCUGGGGAAUGCUAUUUCUUUGCCUCAAGGUUCAGUAUACAGUGUUCAGUAAGAUGUAUAACUGUUAAAUCAUGUUUAUUUUUUGUGUUCUUAACAUACUCCUGAACUCCAUUUCUGCUCAUUUAAAACCAUGAAAGUCAAUACAUUCUAAUUCUUCUUUUGCUAUUGUUUCUGUAUAUUUAAAAAGAAUCUAGCUUAGAUUCUCCUACUGUGCACUGUCGCUAUAGAAUUUGCUUUGCCAGGCUGAGCUAAGCAAUUUCGCUAUUAUAUGUGCCAUUUACAAACGCAUCAAUUAGAUGUUUAUUUGAGCCCAUUGUAUGCACAGAACACUACAUUUAUUUAUGAGAAACACUAGGGAGAGAGCAGGGCAAACAAACAUUAAGACAUAUUGUACCAUGUUUUUUAAGAAGAGAAGACCUUUAACCUGUUAAAAAAUCAAGCAAGGCAUCUCAUGAAGAAUGUCAAGUUUUGCAUUAGAUUUCAUUUCAUUGGUUUCCAUGCAACAAGCAUUUGGGAUUUUGCUCCAUUUUCACCCACAACAUUUUCUGCUGAAAUUCUGAUGGAAAAAUGCCAUUUAAAUUCUUCUUUAAAUGUGUUGUGUACUAUAAAUGUCAUUUCCUUCCAGCAAAUAAAGCAUUUUAAAAUGGUUUUAAUUAAAUAUCAUAUAAAUUGUCAAAGAGAAUUUCACAAAAGUAUAUGUAUUUUAUUCUUUAUGAAAAGUUGCAUCUUUUGACAUAAAUGUUUCUCACCAGAAAAA